AUGCUAGUCAUUUUUCUUUAUUUAGGUGAGUGGAAAGUAGAAGAGCUAAAAGAAAACAAGCUGUCGGGAGAUUUGGGCCUUGUCCUAAAGUCCACAGCCAGACACCAUGCCAUUUCAUCCAAGCUUAAGAAGCCUUUCACCUUCGAAGACAAACCUCUGAUUGUUCAGUAUGAGGUGAAUUUUCAGGACAGCAUUGAUUGUGGAGGGGCAUAUAUCAAGCUCCUCUCUCAUUCGAGCAGUUUGAAUCUGGAGGAAUUCCAUGACAGGACUUCGUACACAAUCAUGUUUGGGCCAGACAAAUGCGGAGAAGAUUAUAAACUGCAUUUCAUCUUCAGGCAUAAAAAUCCAAUCAUUGGGGAUUAUGACGAAAAACAUGCAAAGCGUCCUGAUGUUGAUCUGAAAAAGUAUUUUACAGACAAGAAGACACAUCUUUAUACUUUGAUUUUGAAGCCAGAGAACACCUUUGAGAUCCUUAUUGAUCAAACAGUUGUUAGUCAAGGAAGCCUUCUGGAUGAUGUUAUCCCACCUUUAAAUCCACCAAAGGAAAUCGAUGAUCCAAAGGAUAAAAAACCUACAGAAUGGGAUGAGCGGGUCAAAAUUCCAGAUCCUGAUGCUGUAAAACCAGAAGAAUGGGAUGAAGGUGGGCCCAUUAGAAUAGAAGAUCCCAAUGCUGUGAAACCAGAGGGCUGGCUGGAUGAUGAAUCGCACCUGAUACCCGACCCAGAAGCUCAGAAACCAAGUGACUGGAAUGAUGACAUGGAUGGAGAAUGGGAGGCUCCUCUGGUUCCAAACUCACAGUGCAAAACUGCUCCUGGAUGUGGGGAAUGGAGUCCACCUCUUAUAGACAAUCCAAAUUACAAGGGGAAAUGGAAGCCUCCUAUGAUUGAGAACCCCAAUUACCAGGGUAUUUGGAAACCACGAAAAAUUCCCAACCCAUACUACUUUGAAGACCUUAACCCAUUUAAAAUGACAACAUUUAGUGCUAUUGGGUUGGAACUGUGGUCAAUGACUCCUGACAUCUACUUUGACAACUUCAUAAUCUGCUCUGAAAAGGAAGUGGCUGAUCGUUGGGCCUCUGAUAGCUGGGGAUUGAAAAAACUGGUAGCCAGUGCUAAUGAGCCAGGCAUGAUAAACCAGCUUCUUGCUGCUGCUGAUGAGAGGCCGUGGCUCUGGGGUUUGUACUUGCUGACAGCUGCUCUGCCUGUAGGAUUGCUGGCCCUAUUCUGCUGGCCCAGAAAGGUGAGAAUGAUCAGAAAAUUGAGACACAGGGAUGUGAAAAAAGUAUUUAGCUCUAUUAAAGUUGGUCUUUUUUCUCCUACUUAUGUGAAUGGAGUCUAA